CUCUUAACGCCUGCUUGCGAAAAAAUAAAUCUUUUUGUUGGUACUCUGACAGCUAGCAGUAUUCGUUUAUUGCAUCACUCAACAUGUCCGCCCACACGGGAGUUUCUUCUACCGUUCCACAACCAGCUAAAGUCCAUGAACAUGUUUUCAUGGGAGUUCUCUGGGGUGGCUUUGCUGCCGGUACUGUUUUCAGCGGCCUUCGGUUCCUCAUGCGCUUCAAGACCUUCCGCAGAUUCUAUCUAGAUGAUGCUUUGGUUUUGUCUGCUUGGCUUAUCACUCUCGUCAUUGCAGUUAUAUGGCAGGUAGUUGCUGACGAUAUGUACCUCGAUAACCGGGUGGCAUCAGGUCGUCAGUACCCGCCCGCAGAUUUCAUCCCUCGAGUUGAGCGCUUCUUGAAGAGCUCUGCUGCCAUUGUGUUUCUGUUCUACACUACACUAUGGACCAUUAAAUUGUCCUUCCUUUUCUUUUUCCGGCGCCUAUAUAUGAAUAUGGGCAAACUGGUUGGCGUCUGGUGGGGUAUUCUGACAUUCACUAUUGCAGCGUGGGCAUGCUGUGUGGGAACCAUCGAUUACAAUUGUCUCGUGGAUGACUUGGUUAACAUUGCAGAUCACUGUUCCGGCCUUAAAGAGAUUAAGUUCCAACGCGAUACACUGAUCGCAAACUGUGUUUUAGACGUUGCAACGGACCUUGCAAUUACAUCUAUUCCUAUUAGUAUGCUCUGGAAAGUUCGUGUCAGUGGAAGGCGUAAAGCUGGCUUAGCAGCAGUCUUCUGUGUGACUAUUAUUACCAUGGUCUUUGCUAUCGUACGUGUAGCAGUGAUCAGCUCACUGACUGUUCAGCCGGACAUGAGCUGGCUGUACAUGUGGAGCAACAUCGAGAUUUUCGCUGCUCUCAUCGUGGCCUGCCUUGGUUCAUUCCGCAGCCUUUUCCACAGUCAGCACUCUGCAAAGCGUGCUUCAUCGGAGCCAGAAACGGCAACUGCGGAAGCUAGGAGAACCCGACCUAAGAGGCCUUUUAUGCGGAACUUUACCAGUCUUUUCACAGCUACAGACUCCAAUGAAUCGAGUACUGAAAAUGAUACACUACAAGGAAUUAUUGCCAUGUAUGGCUCUGAGAACCGAGAAUCAAAAUCGGUUCAUACGGAGGAUAUUAAUAGAGGGUGAAGAAGUCAGUUAGAGUGUUUAUAGGCCAGCGUGAUUU